UAUCCAUCUUACGUAUUUGAAACGUCCUGUAGAAACUAACAAGCAGCUCUGUAUAUAUGAUUUGUGUGCGUGUAAAAUAUAGUAAAAUAUGUAUAUAAUUUAGACAAAACACUAUAUAGUCGAAGUGUUGUUACAUACCAAAGAAUAAUUUUUUUUUUAAGCAUUAAAUCUUUGAACAUUCCAAUUCGAAAUAAAUAAGCAAAUAUUAUAUAGCAAGUACUUUUGAUGUUAACAUAAUUCGGAAAGAAUAUAAUAUAUAACAUGGAAGAUAAAAAUAUAUUACGUGGACCUACUUCUAUAGUAGAGGAUUUAAUGCGCAAUAGUAUAGGAGAAUUACUUUUAAAUCAAUUGCAUGCACAUGGAACUCGAAUUGCUCAAAUUAAUGCACACACUGAAAAAAAACAAACAUAUCAGCAAAUUUUAAAUGCUAGUAAAAAAUUAGCAACAUAUUUCAUCAAAGUAGGAUUGAAGGUAGAAGACCGUAUAGCUAUAUGCAGUGAAAAUAAUACAGAGUUCUGUAUUCCUCUAUGUGCUGCAUUAUUUUUGGGUAUUACAGUAUGUCCUUUAAAUCCAAUGUAUUUGAAAAGAGAGUUUUGUCAUGCAUUAACGAUAUCAAAGCCCAAAUAUAUUUUUACCUCAUCAAUGGCAGUAAAAACUUUGCAGAAAGUUAUUAAGCAAUUACCUUGGUCACCAAAACUAAUCGUCUUAACUGCCUGUAAUAAUUUACCUAAUAUGAAAGAUUUAAUAUCAAAUAUAGAUACUAAUGAGAUUAACAAUUUUCAAGUCUGUAAAAUUGAUGCGAAUAAUAAUGUAGCAGCAAUUUUAUGCUCUAGCGGAACUACAGGACUUCCAAAAGGAGUUAUGUUGACAAACAAAAAUUUGCUAAUAGCAAUAAAGCAUUUCAGUGAUCCUGAAAUUGGACCAAUGCAUAAAGAUACAGUAGCAUUAUAUAUGCUACCAUAUUUUCAUGCUUAUUCAUUUUCUACACUACUUGUUGGAUUAAUCGUAGGUGCCAAAGGCAUAAUACUUGCACGUUUUGAUGAAAAACUUUUUUUGUAUACCAUAGAAAAAUACAAAAUCGAGACAUUAACUUUAGUGCCACCACUUAUGAUUUUCUUGGCAAAACAUCCUUUUGUUGAUCAAUAUGAUCUCUCGAGUAUAAAAACAAUAUGGUGUGGAGCAGCUUCUUUACCAGAAGAGAUUCAAAAAGCUGUAGCAAAAAGAUUAAAUGUUUCUGACAUAAAACAAGGUUAUGGAUUAACAGAAACAACUUUAGCAGUAUUAAAAUCACCACCUAAUCAUAAGUAUGGUAGUGUAGGAGUAGUGGCUCCAGAUACUUUAGCGAAAGUCAUACCAAUUGAUGAGCCAAAUUCAACUAAAGCACUGGGACCAAACUGCAAAGGAGAAUUAUGUUUCAAAGGAGAUCUAAUAAUGAAAGGCUAUUGCGAUGACAGCAAAUCAACAAGCACAAUUAUUGAUAAAGAUGGUUGGCUACAUACAGGAGAUGUAGGAUACUAUGACGAAGAUGGUUUUUUUUUUAUAGUUGAUCGCUUAAAGGAACUUAUCAAAUAUAAAGGGUUCCAAGUACCUCCAGCAGAAUUAGAGGCAAUUUUAUUAACUUGCCCAGGAAUUAAAGAUGCUGCUGUAGUUGGAUUACCAGAUGAAGAAGCAGGAGAAUUACCAUUUGCCUUCGUUGUAAGGCAAGAUCAAAGUAAAAUAACAGAAGAUGAAAUUAUUAAACAUGUUAAUGAACAAGUAUCCAGUCAUAAAAGACUUAGAGGUGGUGUCAAAUUUGUGAAAAAUAUACCAAAAACUGCUUCUGGAAAAAUAUUACGUAGAGUAUUACGUAAUAUGACAAAAUCUAAAUUAUAAAAAAAGAUUUUACCUGAAUAAGAGAUUAUGAUUUACCAGUAAUACUUCUCCAAAUCUAUAAUUUUUUAUUAAAACUGAUAAAAAAUGCUGUCAUUUAAUAAGUAUGUAAUAACUAUGUAAUAUAUAAUUAUUACAUUUGGCUGACUUUUUUUCUAUAUUCCAUUAAAAUAAGAUUUAUACAUUUAUAUACACAAUUGUGUAAUGCUAAUAUUAUUAUAAAGAAAUUUUAUAUAAAAUGUAUUUUAUUCUAGUCUUAUCAAUAUGAAUUAAUCAAGUAUAAAUUUGACCUAUUGUUAUCAAUAUCUACAUCUUAUAUAGUUCACUUUAUGUUCAAUUAUUUUAUUAUAAAUAAAAAACCAAGUUAUGUAAUUAUUAAUUAUGUUACUAUUUUUAAUUAAUUUUUUGACCAAUUACCAUAGCAAUGUAUAUAAAUUAUAUACAUAUCUCAGAGGUGGGCAACUUUUUAGCAACACCAUUAAUUAAUCUAUUUACCUACUAUUUAAAUUUAUUAGCUAUAACUCCAAAUUUACAAACAAAAGUUAUGAAGCUUACAGGAAGGUCUUCUCUAAUACCUUACCUAGUAUAGAAUACAGACAGGUAAAAUAUAAAUAGAAUAUAUAUGAUUAAUAAAUCAGUUAUUUAUAAAAAAAAAAAGAACAA